AAAGAAUCGUGAAUGCCGAUAGCACUUUCACUUGCGCUGAAUACAGAGAACACAGAUGGACAGUUCUGCUCUGGUUUUGAAUUUUGUUACGAUGUGUAUGCUUUACGCUUUAUGGGGAACAUCAGGACAAAGGCAAUGUCCAAGACUGCAGAAACCAUGGAACGGCCAAUUUGUUGGUUCUUGUGAUCGAUAUAGUGGAGCUGAAUGUGUCUUCGAAUGCCGCGAUCCUUAUGUUCUUGUUGGAAGCAGGGUCCGCGUAUGUAGAUCUGACGGCACAUGGAGUGGUCAGACUGCUGCUUGUGAGCUGGAUGGAUGUGGUAACUGUGGCUGCCGGAACUGUGGCGGUGGUUCGUGUCCUGCAUUGCACGAUCCGGAUAAUGGAUAUACGGAAGGACAAUGUAAUCCGGGAAUCGUUGGGCAAACAUGCCUCUAUCGUUGUAGUAGAGGAUAUUCUUUGGAAGGACAGUCACGUCUGACUUGCUUAACAAGCGGGCAGUGGAACGCUUUACCUCCCUACUGUAGAAGAACUAGUGCUGCCAUUUGCGAAAGUAUUGUCAUUCACAAUGGGUAUGUGCGCUGUGCUGCAGAAGGGGGACUGACGGUGUGCAGAGUGACUUGUGACAAUGCGUAUAUGUUAGUAGGGUCCUCCAUAGUCACUUGUUCACCAUCUGGAGACUGGAGUGAUCAGAUACCGACCUGCCGCCGUACCGGGAAUCAAGUAGCAAAUAUAUGUCCAACUUUGGUUGCUCCCGACGGUGGAAGGUUAGUAGGAAGCUGUACUGCUGCUUCUGUUGGAGAUACUUGUCAGUUAGUAUGCAUCAGCGGCUUCAGGCCAACAGAUACCCGUGUUUUGAUCUGCCAGGCGAAUGGAGUAUGGUCAAAUGACUUGCCUCAGUGUAUUGGUACAAUAUCAGGGUGCCCUGCUAUUACUGUGGAUCAAGGUAUUGUAUCAGAAACAUGCAGUACUGGAACUACAGGGCAAAUCUGCACCAUCACGUGCCAGUCUGGAUACACUCUUACUGGAGGAAGUGGAACCUUAGUUUGCCAAGCUAAUGGUCAAUGGUCAGGCACACUUCCUAUAUGUACAGCUGUCUCCUGCCCUACUCUUCUCGCACCUGCAUCCGGCAGCAUAUCAGGCACGUGUAACCCAGGAGCUAGUGGACAGACAUGCUACUUCUACUGCGAUGCCGGAUACCGUCUAGUAGGACAAUCCAGUCUUGUCUGCGGAAGCGAUGGUAGAUGGUCUGGUCGUCCACCUUAUUGCAUGGCUGCUUCCUGUCCUGCGCUAUACAGACCAGAGAAUGGAGCUCUGUCAGGUUCGUGUACAGAUGCCACAAUGGGAUCAAUAUGCAGCUUUUCUUGUCAAGCUGGGUACACUUUGAAUGGGCCAUCCACUUUAUACUGCCAAGAUGGAGGAGUGUGGUCUGGCACCGCCCCCAGUUGCGUCAGAGAAGCAGCAAGGAGUUGUGAAAGUUUGAAUAUCCCAAGCAAUGGUUUCUACUUGGGAACAUGCGCUCCCGGCCAAGUUGGACAGACAUGCGUCUUCAGUUGUGAAAGCGGAUAUGAGUUGAGGGGCCAACGAACAUUAACAUGCGGGUCAAAUGGACAGUGGUCCAGUGAACCACCUCGUUGUGAAAGAAGUGGGGGCGGAGAUAAUGGCGAUAAUGGUAAUGGUGAUGAUGGAAACCGUAAUUGUCCUGUCCUUACACCACCACCCAAUUCAGAAUUUACAGAAUGUGAUAAUCGACCAGGCGGACGCUGCGUUGUCGUGUGCCAGAGUGGCUACCAGAGAUCAGGAUCUCGUGUCCGCACUUGUCUGUCACAGGGAACUUGGUCUGGAUUUGCUCCUACAUGCACUAAAACAGUUGGGUACACCACUUACACAUACAAAGUUGUGCCAUUAUGGAGCCUUAUGUUUGGAUGAAGUUAACAAUGUAGGCUUUCUUCUGUAAGCUGCAAUCAGUUACAGCCGCAGCAACAUUUCUGAAAAUUAGAAAUUUAAAUGUUCCUCAUUUAAAUUUCAAAAAUGAUGCAAUUAAUACCUUAAAGUAAUUCUCAGGGCCAGCAGAGUAAUAUCACUAAAACAUUACUCGCUUACUAUUUAAAAUUAAAGAAAUUAAAUUUAUUUAAUAUAAACAAAAAAAUUACGUUAAUUCCUUAAUUAAGGUUUGUUCAUUAAAAAUUAUGUUUAGCUUAAUUCAUUGAUCUUAAAUGAUAAACUUUGAAGCUGUGAUAUUAGUAACAUACAGCAAAUUAAGCCUUAAAUCGGAAAUUUAAUCUAAUCUUUUCUUAUUGGAAAUUUAUCUUCUCUCUGUUUCAGUUAAAAGUAAGAGGAAGAGUGAAAAGGUAACCUUAACAUCAUGUAAUAAGCCAAGAUCAUGCAAUACUCGGAUGUAUUCUAGAAUAUGUUAUGUCCCCUUUAAAAUGCAAUAUGACUGUAUUUUUGUUUGUGGUCUAAAGAGUAACGGAAUGUUAACAAGCAACAACAAACAUGUUUUCUAACUUUGAAAUUUCUGUGGAAAAGACUAGGGUAGACCUCCGAGUAUCGAGUACCUGCUCUAUCGUCCUUUUCCACAGAGGAUAUCUGUGAAUCGCUUCAGCUAGCUCAGAAUUUCGCCUGUGCGAAUCACCACAGAUAUUUCUUUCUAAUGAAUCAAGGCGCAGUGCUGACACAACUAUACUUGAUUUAGGUAUGCUAAAAUUUAUGAAGGAUUUUUAUCAGACACAUCAUAUUAUCAGACAUAAAAAACAUUCGUGUGACUUCCUGUCAUAAUUCUUUACUUAAAUUUAAGGCUUGACGAUAAUAAAAGGAGACAGGUUAAAAGUCUUUCAUAACUUAAUGAAUUACCCCUAAAAACUAGGAAAAUCAAAAAAACUAUUUUUCAGAGAAUAAGUUCAUAAAAAAUCUAAAGUGAGUUAAAUUCAAACGUCCUUUUAUUUACUAUUCAGAAAAGAAACGACGACAAAUGUAAUAUUUUACUUUGAAUAUAAACCGAACUUUGAGAGCCAAACUUUCCUAACUUUGAGAGUGCAUUAUAAAACUUUACCUUCGAAAUUUUAUACAAAAUAUUUUGUUAAGCAUCUUGCACAAAAUAAUGCAACUUUUUGAGGAGAAACUUGAAGGAAACAGGUUCUUUAAUCUUAUGCUUAACCUUAUAUUUAACGUAAGCUGGAGUAAACGUAAGAGACCUUGUACACAUUUUGGUCAAAUAUUUAUCUAAAUUAUAUAUUUUAAAAGUUGCAAAAUUACUUAAUAAUAAACAGAAAGAUGCUUUACAGGUACAGGUAUUAGCGUAAUCUCUUUCACUAUAUGGAUUAAAAUAUUACUCGCAAUAUUUUACGAACUGGUACAUAUGUAUCAACAGAUUCAUUCUGUGACAUUUUCCUUUUUUACUCUAAUUUUCACAUGGGAUUUUCAGAAUACCUUUAUUAUUUAUAUUUACACAUAACUGAGUAUAUAUACUAACCCUAUUGAUACAGAAAACGUCGAAAAACGUUUUGGUGCCUUAACUUAUUUUAAUUUUUUUUUAAAUAUUGAGCUUGGAGUAAAAUUUCUUCUAGACCAGUAAAAACUAUUCCUUUAAAAGGUAUAUAAAAGUGAUGCAAAAUGCUUUAUAUUCAUCUCAUCUUUAAAAUAACUUUGGAAGAUACAGUGCUAGAAGUAUUGGAUAAUGUUUUCAUGUCUUUCUUUCGAGUUAGAAUGGCUUUUAUCUCAAUUCGUAUACUUACGAAUUAAGAACUGUCAAAAUUUUAUUCAUAAAGUUUUCAAUGUGCAGUAAGAAUGCUGUUCGGUAUUGUUCAUGAAAAGUUUUACGUUUAACGAUGCUAUCGUUGCUAAUCUAAACUUCACAAAAUAUUUUAUCAGAAUACCUAAAUGCAGGAAAGAAUUGGAAGGCUUUACUGAAAGUGCUAGUGUUUCUGUUUCUGAAAUGAAGUUAUCUUUUGUAGUGUGUAAUAGCAUGUAAGUUUUAACAAACCUGUGUUUUAAACCAGUGUAUCAGCAAAAUGUACAAAUAAUUUAGCAUUGCACUUAUUAAAAUGUUUCACUUGCAUUAAAUUUCUUUCCAGUAGCA